AGCCGUUUUGGCUCCAGGCUGCCGCGUGCUGGGUAACAGGCCGUUCCUCCCUCAGGGUGCGCACGCAGUGCCAAGUUCAACAUCAGAACCGAGUCUACCGAAGCGUGGAAAUCUGUGCACUUGACCAAGACUGUGCGACAUCGGGCGGCAGUGGGCAUCACACCAGGAGCUGCCCUGCAAGCCCCCGCCCGCGGAGGCGGCGAGAGGGGACCUGCCGGCAGGAGGUGACAGCGGGGCGGCGCCCGCGCGUCCGCUGCCUCGAGGAGGAGGCCGUGCCGAGGCGCCAGACGGCGUCGGGACCAUGGCGUCCCCUGCGGAGCUCUUCGAAGGCAGCCAGCGCAUCUUCGGCCGCCAGGUCUCGACGGACGGGGCGCUCGGGAGCAGCCGGGGCGCCGAGGGCGGGCCCCGGGCCGCGGCGGCAGCGGGCUCGCCGCUCCUGCCGCGCGGGCUGCCCCUCGUGGGCUUCCUGCGGCACGCGCCGCCGCGGGAGCUGCACGACCUGCUGGGCAGCCUGCUGUGGCGGAGGAGCCCGCCGGCGGGGGAGGCCACGGGCCCGGCGGGCGACUCCGGCGGCCACGACCCUUCCGCGGGCAAGCGGGACCGGCCGCGGGCGUGCGCGGACAGGCUGCCGCGCGCCUCGCCGUACGUGGGCUCCCAGCGGCACGCGCCCCCGUCGCCCAAGCUCUGCUUCUCGGUCUCGCCGCCGGCGGUGCAGCCCCUGCUGCUGGCCGCGCGCGCCCUGCCGGUGGGGGAGCCCUUGGUGGCCCCCCUGCGGGGCCGCGUCGGCGAGGGCCAGAGCGAGGCGGUGCACUGCCUGUUGCCGCCGCUCUUGCUGCAGCCGGGCUCGGCGGGCGCGCGCAGUGGCGGCUGCCCGCCCUGGCGGGUGCCAGAGGAGGUAUGGACGGCGGCGCUGCGCUUCGUGGUGGACGUGCCGGCCAUCGGGCGGCUCUCGGCGGUGUCGCCGGACUUCGAGCGGGCCCUCCGCAGGGAGGAGGCCUGGCGGGGGCGGACGGUGCGCGUGCCGCCAGCGUCGCUGGCGGGGCUGGCGCCGGUGUUCGCCAAGUGGCUCGCGGCGUGGCGGUGCGUGGAGCGGCUGGUCGUGCCCCGCUCGUCCCAGCUGCUGGCGGAGGUGGCGCUCCGCGCCCCGGAGCUGCCGAUCGAGGUGGCCUGGCGCUUCGACCGCCACCUGAAGGGCGACGGGGUGGAAGUCCUGCUGUCAGGCCUGGCCGCCCGGCGGAUCUCGGACGAGGAGCUCGUCGUGCUCGGUGACGCGCCGUUGCCGUGCGGGCCAGGGCGCCAGCCGUACCUGGAGGUGCGGCUGGACGAGCGCUCCGAGCAGGGCGCCGCGGACGGCGACGGGCUGAACGACUUCGGCCUGGGCGUCACGGCCUGCGACCCAGAGGAGCUCCGAGAGAUUGGCUCGGUGGCGGACGAGGUGCCGAAGUCCUGGGUCGUCGAUUUCACGCAGUCCUCGGUGGUCUUGAGCGUGAACAACCACAAUGCUGCCAAGGGCCGCGGCGUCUCCGCGGCGGAGCUCCGCCAGGGCGACCGCGUCGGUCUCCGGGUGAUGCCCGAUGCCAUCGAGGUCUUCGUGAACGGCGCCCUGAGGGAGCGCCUGAAGCCCUGCCCGGAGGAGCGCGUGCCCGAGGGCGUCAGCCUCUUCCCCGUGCUGGACCUGUACGGCCUCUCCACGCAGAUCUCGCGCACCGACGCUGAUGGCCCUGCCUCGUGACGACGUGGCGGCCAGGGUUUACUUGGCCGCAGAGUCGAGCCCGCCGUCUCUAGAUCGAUGGGCUCGCUGUUCCGUCCCCGCAUCCGCGCCGCAUUCCGUCCGCUGGCUGUACCUCGGAAGCGCGCUGGUUGGAUUUGGCGCCGCGAUUUGGCGCGGCAACUCGGCUUGCCUCCCGCUGCCUCUCUGAUAGCACGUGCGCCGACGGCGAGGGCGCGGCCUGGUGCAGAGGCGGACAGCAGGAGCGCAUGCUGUUUUCUUAUCCGCCCGCGCGCCGAGCAAGGAGGCCAUGGCCGGCGCUGUCUGGAGGGCGCCCCGGACCCCUUCCCUAUCCGCGAGGGCUGCCUUUCGGGUGAGGACGUGGGAG